CUUCAAAAACCCCAAAAGGAUUUUAGGGUUUUUGUCUUUGUUCCUAAAACCUUUUUGGGUUUCUGAAGUUUGAUCAUAACGUACCGAAAACUCCCAUCUUCUUCUCAUAGUUGUCUGAUAAAACAUCCGAUGGCGUCGAAGAUAUUCACGGACUGUUCCUCCUCCACCACCCCUCGCCUCCUCCGCUUCAGACGGAACCCCCUCUUCCACUGCAACCACGGCGCCGUUUUCCUUCGCCCCCUCAUAAGCCCUAGCUCCCCCAGACGCCUCUCCCUUCACUCCUCGUCUGCUUCUCCUUCGCCGUCUCCGUCGGCCACAGCUUCGUUGGCUACUGAAUCAUCAGCAGCAGUGAUCGAUGGAAAAGGCGUUGCGAAGCAAAUCAGAGAUGAGAUCAAUGCCGAAGUGUCAAAGAUGAAGGAUGCGAUUGGCAUUGUUCCGGGUUUGGCAGUUAUUCUUGUUGGGGACAGGAAGGACUCUGCCACCUAUGUCCGCAACAAGAAGAAAGCUUGUGAGUCCGUGGGGAUUAAUUCCUUCGAAGUGCGCUUGCCUGAGGAUUCAACUGAACGAGAAGUGCUAAACUCUGUCGCGAGAUUCAAUGAUGAUCCUGCAGUUCAUGGCAUCCUUGUGCAGCUACCCCUGCCUUCUCAUAUGAACGAGCAAAACAUCUUAAAUUCCGUUAGCAUUGAGAAAGAUGUGGAUGGGUUUCACCCGCUAAAUAUUGGCCGUCUUGCCAUGCGUGGUAGGGACCCCUUGUUUGUUCCUUGCACACCAAAAGGAUGCAUAGAGUUGUUGCAUAGGUAUGGCAUCCCUAUCAAGGGAAAGAGAGCUGUUGUAAUUGGCCGGAGUAAUAUUGUUGGGAUGCCAGCUGCUUUAUUGCUGCAGAGGGAAGAUGCAACAAUCAGCAUAGUCCAUUCCCGAACCAAGAAUCCUGAGGAGAUCACAAGACAAGCAGAUAUUAUAAUCUCAGCUGUAGGGCAACCAAAUAUGGUGAGGGGCAGCUGGAUCAAACCCGGUGCAGUAAUUAUUGAUGUCGGAAUCAAUCCAGUUGAGGAUAAAAAAAGCCCUCGAGGUUACCGGCUGGUCGGAGAUGUGUGUUAUGAGGAGGCCAGCCAGAUUGCUUCAGCAAUAACUCCAGUUCCUGGGGGAGUGGGUCCAAUGACAAUAGCAAUGCUUCUCUCGAACACUCUUGCAUCAUCAAAACGAAUACACAACUUCCAGUGAGACGUUCAGAGUUACUGUUAUGAGCCCGUUUCAGUUGGAGAAGCCAUCUUAACCUAGAUCUGAAGCAACUGUUGUUUUCUGUCGCGGGAACAUUUUCUUUGUGUGCUUAUCGGCUGUCACCAUUUGAAAUCGAGAGUUGUCUUUGGUCAAACGAGCGAAGGCUUGGCCGGACAGUAUUAAUGUAUUUAUGGUAGGGAGGUUUAUGCAGCAGAGACUCCAUUUUCAAGACUCACCUCUGAUACGAAAAAUCUUGGAAGGCGUCCUCUCUACAGAAAGUGGAGAUAAGGUUUGCAAUCUUCAUGUAAAAAGUGACGGUGAUACGCACCACUCUUUUUAUCAUCGUUGGAUGGGUUUAAAUUUCGAGAUCUGUGAUUAUUUCAAAUUUUUUCUAUCUAAUUGUAAAUUUAAGGAGUCA